CGUCUCUUUUUUAUAAGAAAUUUACUCCUUCUGUUCGUAAAAACAAAACUGAUAUAAAAUUUUACACAUAAAUUCCUACAUCAUAUAUUAUUCUGACCAAAACCCACCGAAACUCAGUAACCCUAAUACCAAAUUUAAUAGCUUUUUUCAAAGAAAUGGGGACAACAGAAAGAACAAAGAAGAGGGCUCAAUUAUGGAAGAAAGCAGCGGUCCAUUUUGCUUUGUGUUUUGUUAUGGGGUUCUUCUCAGGCUUUGCUCCAACGGGUAAGGCGUCACUUUCCGCUAGAACCGCUGCCGUGGUUUCCCCCAAUAAAUCACCGCACUUUCCGCCGCAGUCAGUAGAACCACCGCAAGAAGUACGGGAUGCUAUUAAUAGAAGUUUGAUAGCUACAGAGGCACAAAAUGUGUCAAUGGCGGCAGCAGCAGAACCUGCAAGGCAUAAAAAGUACUCCGAAAACACGAGGUUCAUGUCACAACAAGAAGAAGUGGAAGAAGAGAAAGAACCCGAGGUGAUGACACCGAGAAGGUUCAUAAUCAUAGUCACUGCAACAGCAACAAGCACGAAAGACAUUAAGUUUAAAAGUGUGUUUUUGAAAAGACUGGCCAAUACUUUAAGGUUGGUUCCUCAGCCGUUGCUUUGGGUCGUGGUGGCGCCGAAAACAGAGACGAAUGAAGUGUCUGAAUUGCUGAGGGGAACGGGGAUUAUGUAUAGGCAUUUGGUUUCGAGAAAGAAUUUCACAGACGCAGAAGCUGAAAAGGAUCGCCAGAGGAACAUUGCUCUUAAGCACAUUGAGAAGCACAGGAUUAGUGGGAUUGUUCACUUUGCCGGGCUUUCUAAUGUUUACGACCUUGGCUUCUUCGACCAGCUCAGAGAAAUUGAGGUUUUUGGGACAUGGCCAAUGGCACUACUUUCAGCAAACAUAAAGAAGGUGAUCAUUGAAGGACCUGUAUGUGAUUCUUCACAAGUCAUAGGAUGGCAUUUGAAGCAAAUGAACAAUGAAACUGAGACUAGGCCUCCCAUUCAUAUCUCAAGUUUUGCGUUCAAUAGUUCAAUUCUUUGGGACCCCGAGAGAUGGGGCCGCACUUCAUCUCUUCAAAGCUCCUAUCAGACGAUCAAAUUUGUAAAGCAAGUGGUUCUUGAAGACGAAACAAAACUAAAAGGAAUCCCACCAGAAGACUGCUCCAAGAUCAUGCUUUGGUGUCUUCGUUUUCAUGCCGCAGGAGGAGCCACGACACCACACCAAAUCAAUCAACCAACAAACAGAAAUUAAUUCCAUCGGUGGCAAACCAAAAGGACAAAUUACUCGAUCAUUUUUUUUUCUUUUAUCAUGUAAUUCUUUGUAAUUUUAUUAGUUUUUUUUUUUUAGUAGUAGUAAUAGCAGCAGCAGAUGAUUUUACACCGACAGUAUACUUAAGUCAGUAGCUUAAAUCAUCAUAUCAUACGAAUUACCUUUCUCCCAUUUUAUAGCAACUUUCCCAACUUACAAUAAAA